AUGAGUUCCGAGGCUCACCCUGACAAUACGAUCCCAUCACAAUGUGUUUUUCUCACUGGUGCAACCGGAUUUGUCGGCGGCACUAUCCUCUCUUGUCUGUUGAAGGCACAUCCUAGCAUACGGUUUAAAGCUUUAAUCCGUAAGGAAAAGGAUGCUAAAGAACUCCAAUCAGUCUAUUCAACUCUCACACCCAUCAUCGGCGACCUUACGUCUCUUUCUCUCCUGACAUCAACAGCAGCAGAGGCCGACUUCGUCAUCCAUGCUGGAGGUGACAAUGUCCCCGCUGUUUGCGCGAUGAUAGAUGGGCUGGCAUCCCGAACCCGCACUGGAUCGCCCAUACCACAACUUAUCAGCCUAACCGGCCCGCGUAGUCUUAUCGACCUCUCGAGUCCCAUCACUGGAAAUCUUAGAGAGAGCAGCCGUCCCUGGAGUGAUUUUAUGGAUGGACACGCAAUACUCAACGUUCCUAAGGAUCGGAUACACGCUGGUGCUGAUCAAGCUAUUGUCGCUCACAGUACUGCGCAAGGGGUGGGCACAAUGCUGAUCUCGCCUGGACAACUGUGGGGCCGUGGCAAAGGUCAUCUGAAGAAGGAGAGCAAUGCGGCGUUUUAUUAUGCAGCGGUAAAGAGCCGUGGACGGGCCUUUGUGAUCGGUGAAGGCACAGCUACGUGGUCGUGGACUUCCAUUGGUGAUCUAGGAGAUGCUGUCGUCUUUCUGUUAGAACAAGCACUGCAGAGUGGCAGUGAGAGACGCGGAGAAGUUGGAGUAAAUCGAGACGGCUACUAUUUUGUGCGUACUGAAGACUUGAGUAUGAUGGAAAGGGCCAAAGCUGUCAGUGAACGCUUGGGUCUUGGAGAAGUAGAACGCGUGUCGGUUGACGUUGCAAGAGAAAUUCAUCCGUUUGGUCCCAUUAUGUGGGGUUGUGGUGAAAGAACGAGGUCUGACAAGUUGCUCGAGCUAGGUUGGAGGCCGAAAGAGACCAAUUGGAAGGAUUUGAUGGAGGAGGGAGAUGGACAGAGAGCAUAA